AUGACGAACUGGACUCACUUGAUCCGCUUCAGGGCUGUUGAGGAUGGCCAAGUUCAUCUUGGACAGUUAGUCGAUACUUCACGAGACGUGGGAAUCGACUGCCUGAACGGCGUCGAGGUGAAAGCCUUCUUGAUAAAUGGAGAUGUGUUCAAUGGUACGGUUACCCAGAACAUCUUCACUGUCGAUCACUUGCUGUCGCCAGUCAGCCGAGAGCAGUGCAAUUACAUCAGGUGCCUCGGGCUUAACUACAGAGAUCACGCUGAGGAAGGAGGAUUUCCGAUUCCUGACGAGCUCGAAGUUUUCACAAAGCCUCGGUUCGCACUCACAGGCCCACAUCCGGCAGCAGUCACCAUCCCACGAUGCGCCCAAGACGGAACAAGCGACUACGAAGCUGAGCUUUGUGUUAUAAUUGGGAAAACUGGCCGAGACAUUCCUGAAGACAAGGCGCUGGAGUACGUCCUUGGGUACACUGCCUCGAAUGAUGUUUCGGCCAGAAGCCUCCAGCUCGCGGUGAAACAAUGGUCUUUCUCGAAAGGCCUUGACAACAGUUGCCCAAUAGGUCCAGUGCUUGUUUCCCCCUCUGUCAUCGAUGAUCCACAGGCCCUUGGUGUCAAGGCCAUCUACAACGGUCAGACAGUACAGGAUGGCAACACAAAGAACAUGAUCUUUUCUGUCAGGAAACAAAUUUCUUCCCUUUCCCGAGGUACGACAUUGGAAGCAGGAACAGUCGUGUUGACUGGUACGCCCGCUGGUAUUGGAUAUUUUCACAAGCCACGUGUCAGCUUGGACCCUGGAAGCCAGAUUGAGAUACAGAUUGAGAAAAUCGGAACGCUGGUGAACAAGGUGAAAUAUGAUGUUAUAUAG